CGAUUGUGAAGUGUGCCAAACGAUCAGAUCUUCUUUCCGCUUCCUCCAUGGUAGCAUGAUGAAAGCCUCUCGCCCAAAUGCGCUUAUGGGCGAUUCGCGAACCAUCUCACCGAAGACAAAGACUGUGAUGACCAUAUUUUCGUCAGGCAACCAGUACUCGCCACGACAACGAGACACUUUAUUGGAGGAACUCAAGCCUCAUGCCCUCACUAAAGAGCCGCCCAAUGUCUAGCCAUAUUUCCAACAUGUCUGACUCUUUACUCGAAGCCUUAUGACCGUAGAUGGGCAUAUAAUAAGGUGAGCCUACUUCAGGACAGGAGAAACAAUAAUUGAUCAAUAUCAAAACUCAAACGCCCUGAAGCGCCAUCGAUCAUCAUGUCACCCAUCAGAGCCACUGCUGCGAUCAAGAAAGAAGAUCCCAAAGACAAGCCAGCCCGCAUAUACCUCCACUCCGUUGCCGUGAUCGGCGCCCCAUCAAUAUUCCAGAGACCGUGCAAAGCCCGCAGCUUUCAGUACACAACGAGUGAGACGUGCGAGCAAGACAACACAAUGCCUUUCGAUGUUUUAUGCUCCAUAUUUCCGACGUCUGACCACGGGGAGCUACAGCGUCGUCUCUCGCUCGGGCGCCUAUACGCAAUGGUGGAAUGGAGACUUACCAACAAUACCGCGAGCCGGUAUCCAACCUUCAAGACACCUCACCGAAUUACGAGAGCCUCAGCCGUGGCCAACCAGAACAGCUAUAAACUGGGCUUUACCCGAAGCCUUGACUGGGCGCAGGCAAUAGCGGCCAGAUAUGUUAAGAUUGACGAAGCACAACGAAGAAGGCUUUUGUCUGUUCAUCCACUACUGAGGGCAGAGAAUCUCAUGCAAUCUCGUCCGUCCAGCUGUCACAGACGAAGGAGGGGGGAUAGUCUCCGUAUCACCCAGCCGAGGGCCGAUGACAUCGCCGAAAAGCGUCGGUGUGCUGAGCAGCUCCAGCAGCAAACAGGAGACAUGUCAGGCUUGCUUGAAGUCAUGCAACUCCAGAUAUGCUGUGUCAGUGGAGUGGAGAAUACUUCCGGUUGCCAGUAUCAACGACUGAGAAUGCUUUCAUCGUCUCCUCCGAGCAGCAUGUUCUCUGAACGUUCGAGUAGUGUCUGCUCAGGCUCAUGUUAA